GCUCGGUGCAAGAAAAAACGUGUACGUCAUCUCCCUGCGACACGUCAACACGCAGCUCUCCGCCAGAUGAGCUAACACAGUGCAACACGGCGGAUAGUGAUAAUAACACUUUCCAGACAGACUUAACCGGGCUUUUUAUGGCAGAAUUCUAAGAAGUGUAGCUGAUAUUGUUAAUUACAAAGGAAUUUAUUUAAUUUUGUGUUUAAUUCUAUUUGAACGAAAGCGGAGUCAGCAGCUCUGGCAUGUGUCAUUUUUUGUGCUGACUGAAGUAAACAUCCACCGUUAUUUGUUUUAACACUUAGGACUUCAGCUUUAAGGCUCUCUUGUAGGUGUCAGGAUGAACGAAGAAGAGCUGGUGGAGUAUUUCAGGGCUCAGAUGAGGAAAGACCCGGACAUGGCCUCUGCUGUGGCCGCUAUCCGCACCCUGCUGGAGUUCCUCAAGAGAGAUAAAGGUGAAACCAUCCUGGGCCUGAGGGAGAGCCUGACGGGGGCCACAGACUGCCUGACAGGAGUGGACUCCUCUGUGGCCGUGUCCUCGGGAGGAGAGCUCUUCCUGCGCUUCAUUAGUCUCACAUCACUGGAGCACCAGGAUCUGUCUCGCUGUAAAAAGGUGAUGGAGGAGAGAGGAGAACUUUUUCUAAAGAAGAUCUCAUUGUCCAGGACCAAAGUCGCUAAGCUCUGUCACACCUUCAUCAAAGACGGAGCUAAAAUCCUGACUCACUCGUACUCCAGAGUGGUCCUGCGGGUCCUUGAAAAAGCUGCAGCUGAGAAGAAGCGCUUCUCUGUGUAUGUGACCGAAUCGCAGCCUGACUCAGCUGGGCGACAGAUGGCAGAAGCCCUGAGAAAGCUCAAUGUUCCAGUCACAGUAGUUCUGGAUGCAGCUGUAGGGUAUGUUUUGGAGAAAGUAGACCUAGUUAUUGUUGGUGCGGAGGGGGUCGUUGAGAGCGGAGGGAUCAUCAACAAGAUUGGCACUUAUCAGAUGGCCGUGUGCUCUAAAGCUCACAACAAGCCUUUCUACGUGGUGGCAGAGAGUUUCAAAUUUGUCCGACUCUAUCCUCUCAACCAACAGGACGUGCCCGAUAAAUUUAAGUACAAAGCAGACACCCUGAGGAGCGCUCAGAACCUGUCAGAGGAGCAUCCCAUGAUCGACUACACCCCCCCCUCCCUCAUCACCCUCCUCUUCACCGACCUGGGAGUCCUCACCCCUUCUGCUGUCAGCGACGAACUCAUCAAGCUUUAUUUAUAACUCAAUAAAACCCAUUCAUGAAAAAGGUAAACACA